GAAUUGUAAUCGAAAUAUCGCGAUCACAGAUUUUGUUCAGACCAAAUAUGAACGCAAAACCUCAAGUUAAUGGGUCGCUUUUACCAGCUUUUAAAGGAAAAACAGUGGUUCUUUUGGGAAUAGCUGAAGGACCGAUUCGAAACGGAACGUUUGAAGUGAAAGCAAGCGAUGGAAAGAUGGUUCACAUAGAUGUUCCCGAAGAUGUUGAAGAAGAGAUGAACAGCCUUGUUCAGGUAAUUGGCACUGUCCAGCCAAACUGUCAUAUUUCGUGUACUGAGUAUAGCAUUCUGCCAGAAAUGAACAAGGAAAACUUUGAUAUGGAGGCGUAUGACAAAGCUAUAAAGUUUAUGCACGCUCAUGAGAAGUACUUUCCUUUGAUCUGA